AUGGAGAACCACCACCAGCACCACCUGCAGCAGCAGCAGCCGGCCGCUCCGGCGGCCGCCGCCGCGGCUGCGAGCUCCCCGCAGUACCGAGGCGUGAGGCGGCGGAAGUGGGGCAAGUGGGUGUCGGAGAUCCGUCAGCCGGGCACCAAGGUCCGCGUCUGGCUCGGCAGCUUCGACUCCGCGGAGGCCGCGGCCGUGGCGCACGACGUGGCGGCGCUGUGCCUGCGCGGCCCGCGGGACGCGCAGCUCAACUUCCCGGGCUCCGCGGGGUGGCUGCCCCGCCCGGCCAGCACCGACCCAGCCGACAUCCGCGCCGCCGCGGCUGAGGCGGCCGAGCGCGUGCGCCGUGAGCCGGCGCUUGUCGGUACUGCCGCCGCCGCCGAGCCCGGCAGCGUCCCUGCCAGUGCCAGCCGCCUUGACCUGGCGGUGGGCGACGAGUUUGACGACGACCUUGCGUCGCCCAGGCUGUGGACCGAGAUGGCAGAGGCCAUGCUGCUGGACCCACCCAAGUGGAGCCCGGAUGGCAGCGACGGUUCCGAGGGCUCUGGAUCCCAGCAUUGGCCCCAGGGGUCCCUGUGGGAUGCAUGCUAG